UACCAGAUGGAGUCACAUGAGAACUUUGAGUCUUUCAUGGAGGCUGUUGGUCUCCCUGAUGAGCUUAUCCAGGAGGGCAAAGACCUCAAGAGCAUCUCUGAGAUUGAGGAGACUGGAGACCACUUCAAGGUGACUGUCACCACGGGGACAAAGAUCCUCACCAACUCCUUCACCAUUGGCCAGGAGACGGAGCUCGAGUCGCCGACCGGGGGGAUGGUCAAUGCUGUGGUGAUGAGGGAAGGUAACAAGCUGACGGCCAUCCUGAAUGGGAUCGAAUAUGUCACAGAACUUACAGACGCAAACACCCUCGUCAACACCAUGACUCUGUCUGGCAUGUCAUACAAGAGGACCAGCAAACGAAUGUGAAGAUCUACUGCACUCUUUGGAUUAAUAAAAUGUGAAAGUCA